AUGGUUCUGCUAAAGAGCCUCCCUCCGCCCACCGAGGGCGUCCGGCACGAGCAGGCCGAGACCACGGCGGUGCUGGACGGGAAGCGGCUCGGCUGCGGGACGCUCUACGUCGCGGAGACGCGUCUGUCCUGGUUCGAUGGUUCAGGUCUGGGCUUCGCUCUGGAGUAUCCCACCAUCAGCCUCCACGCCAUCUCCAGAGACGUCAGCGCUUUCCCUCAGGAGCAUCUGUACGUCAUGGUCAAUGGCAAACUGAGCGAUGAAAAUGAGGCAGAAAUGUCUGAGAAAGCAGACGAUGAAGACGAUGAUGAUGAGGCUGGCAGCGGUGAUGAUGACGAAGAAACGGCAAUCACAGAGAUUCGAUUUGUUCCAAGUGACAAAGCGGCAUUGGAGUCCAUGUUCUCGGCCAUGUGCGAAUGUCAGGCGCUUCAUCCCGACCCCGAGGACGACGACUCUGACAACGACUUCGAAGGAGAAGAGUACGACGUGGAGGAGGCAGAGGCAGAACACGGUCACGCCGACAUCCCGACCUUCUACACGUGUGACGAGGGUCUGUCGGCGCUGACGCAGGAGGGCCAGGCCACGCUGGAGAGACUGGAGGGGAUGUUGGCCCAGUCAGUGGCCCAGCAGUACCACAUGGCCGGGGUCCGGACCGAGGAGACCAGGGCCGACUUCGAAGAUGGGAUGGAGGUGGAUCCAGAGGCCAUGGAGGCGGGGCAGUUCGAGGACGCCGACGUGGACCACUGACCGAGGGUCCGUCCCAGAUCCACUGAUGCAUCAUGGGAAUGCAGACGAGGAUGCGGCGCCGCUCUCCUGUUCAAAGCACGUACAUCAGAGCUUUCCUGUUUUCAUUCAUCUGAGAGGCUUCCUGAACGUCGCAUCGUUCUCAUCCUUUGUCGCCGCCGCUUCCACAUCGACUGUUGAAAUGUUUGUUUUGUACUUAAGGACCAACUGAAAAUCAGCUUUUCCUGCUCAGAUAAAAUAUCGUCUUUGUAUGAAGUCGUCAAUAAAAGCAUAGUUUUUGUAUGAAA